CCGCCGCUCCCCCGCCCCCGGCCAGGCCCGGGCGGUGCUACCUGCGCCCUGCCCGCCCCCGGGACUUCCCCGCGGCCGCCGGCCGGCCCGGCCCGAGCGGCCCCGGCGCUGGCUGCGAGCGGACGGGCGGCGCGGCGGCUCCCGGAGCCCCGCAGACUGCUACGGAACGCUGUGAAAUUAUCGUCAGCAGUAAACACGGGUUCGAGAAACACGAUGGCUUUGGGGAUUAUAUUGAGACGUUUUUGAUGCUUUUGUGUGACGUAACCAGGAUAAAUAUAAGGAGUGGUUUUGCAAAGUGGACAGUAAUGGAGUAUAUGAGCACGGGUAGUGAUAGCAAAGAGGAAAUUGACUUGUUGCUAACUAAUUUAAAUAUGUCUGAGGUGAUAGACAUCAUGGAAAACCUUUAUCCAGGUGGAGACCUUGCAGCCUAUGAAGACAGCUUAAUUACGAUGUGUGAAGAAGAAAAUCAAAAUGAAGAACGCGCGGAAUCUUUACUGUUUUGUGAACGGGAGGUUUCUUUGAUGUCCUCUGUCAAAUAUGGGACUGUGGAAGACCUGCUUGCUUUUGCAAAUCAGGUGUCUAACACUGCAAAACAAUUUAAAGGAUGCAGACAGCAAGAAUCUGGAAUCCUCUUGAAUAUGAUCACCCCCAAGAAUGGCCGCUAUCAAAUCGACUCGGAUGUGCUCCUGUUCCCGUGGAAGCUGACUUACAGAAAUAUUGGCUCGGACUUUAUUCCUCGGGGAGCUUUUGGGAAGGUGUACUUAGCCCAAGACAGAGAAACCAAGAAACGAAUGGCAUGCAAACUGGUCCCAGUGGAGCAGUUCAAGCCAUCAGAUGUUGAAAUACAGGCAUGUUUCCGUCAUGAAAACAUUGCUGAAUUAUAUGGUGCUAUUCUGUGGGACGAGACGAUCCAUCUCUUUAUGGAAGCUGGAGAGGGAGGAUCUGUCAUGGAAAAGCUGGAGAGUUGUGGGCCUAUGAGGGAAUUUGAAAUCAUUUGGGUGACGAAGCAUAUCCUGAAAGGGCUUGACUUUCUUCACUCCAAAAGGAUUAUCCAUCACGAUAUCAAACCAAGCAACAUUGUCUUUAUGUCAACUAAGGCUGUUUUGGUGGAUUUUGGCCUAAGUGUUCAAAUGACUGAAGACAUUUAUUAUCCCAAAGACCUUAGAGGAACAGAGAUUUACAUGAGUCCUGAAGUGAUCCUCUGCAGAGGCCACACGACAAAAGCAGACAUCUACAGCAUGGGGGCUACCAUUAUUCAUAUGCAAACUGGCAUCCCUCCCUGGGUGAACAGAUACCCUCGCUCUGCAUAUCCAUCCUACCUCUACAUUAUACACAAGCAAGCUCCCCCCUUAGAGGACAUUGCAGAAGACUGCAGCACUUCCAUGAGGGAGCUGCUAGAAGCAGCUCUGGAAAGGAAUCCUAACCAUAGACUGUCUGCAGCAGAGUUACUGAAACAUGAAGCCUUACACCCACCCCCAGAAGAGCAGCCACGGUGCCAGAGUCUGGACUCAGCAUUGUUUGAAAGGAAAAGACUACUUGGAAGGAAGGAGCUGCAGUUACCAGAAAACAUUACAGAUUCCUCAUUGUGUACCGGGAGCAUGGAGGAGUCAGACCUGCUAAAGAGGCAAAGAUCACUCUACAUAGACCUUGGAGCUCUAGCUGGUUACUUCAAUAUUGUCAGGGGACCACCAGCAUUAGAAUACGACUGACUCAGUAACGUUUUACGUCGGCAGGACAGAAAUGGACCUCUACCUCUUAAAACCUGAUUUUAAGACUUGACUUUCAAAAUUGUACAUAAAAAUAUUGCCAUUGUAGGCUGUAAAAUGUGAAUAGUGUUUAAUUGCACAGAUGAUUAAGCUAAACCCUUUGGGGCUUUGAUAAGCUGAUGCCAAGCAAUGAUAUUCAUGCGUCUGCUGGUUGACCAACAAGAAGACGGCAAAAAGAACACUGCUGGGAGCGCCUCGUUCUUGGGAGAUCUUCCUGUGCUGGGUCUUGCACUUCCAUAAAGCUUGUAUUAUAUGCUUGCAACUAUUGCCACCAAAAAAAAAAAAAAAAAAAAAA